AUGAAAGUGAAGGAAGAAGAGGAAAAAGCCCCAGCACCUCCAGAACUGGCUCAGCCCACAUGCGCAGCAUCUGGAGGGUGGUUUGGCUGCAUGUGGGGCAUGACUGCUGCAACAGCCACUGCUGCUGAAGAGGAAGAACCCUCAGCAACUCUGGACAAUGAUCAGCGCCAGGAGCUUUACAAUGUGAUUGAGUACUCAGACAAGGAUGUCAUUCCCCAAAGUAUCAACCUUCUGCAGGAUGUCAUGAAGAUGUGCAUGUCUGCGUGUUUGACGCAGGGCACUUUCACCCUCUGGCCAGGUGGUAGUGACAUGAUAUCCCUCAUGUUUGACUCAUUGAGCUCGGAUCUCAUCCAGCAACCAGAGAAUAUGGAAUUUGUUCUUGCGCUUGGUGGGCUUUCUGUGUAUGAUGCAACAUUGCCAAACUCUGUCUAUCCCCAGAUUGUAUGCAUCAAGGAGCAACAACCCAAAGCAAUUGAUUUGAAAGAGCAGGAAGAGGCCAGUAACCAACUGAGCAAGGUUACAGAUACAGAAGACCCCUUCCUCCUCUCCAAGUUUGAGCAAAACCCGCUUGACAAGAGGGCAGAUAGCACACUCACCAUCAGGAUGUGGGAUAUGGAGAUCAUAUAUCAUUGGGGCUAUGUGCAGGCAAUAUUCAAAUUCUUCUGA